GUUGAACCUCUGGCUGUUGCUUAUGUGCCUGUGCAGCUCUUUUCCAGGCAGGCCCUUGUCUUGGGCCAGUGUGUCCCCAUCCUCUGGGGUCUAGGUGGAACCCUGGCUGGAAUCUGCUUGCAGCUGUGCUGCUCUGGUCCACACCUGUGCUCCCCCAACUAAGGUGGUCUGGUGUGCCUUUAUUGCCGAGAUUUUCUUCACUUUUCCUGUGGGCUUUAAUUUUCAUGAAGGGUCCUCAGAGAGGCCCUCUUUCUGUUGUUCACUUCUGCUCUAUCUUUUCAAAUUCAGAACAAUGACCUUUAUGACCCCUGCAAUUCUGCAGUGUAGAUCCAGGUAAUGGCUGGCCACAGCCAAGGGGGAGUCAGGAGGUGCUGGCACCUGAGAGGCUCACCUCCUCUGUGAAGGGGGUGGGGUGGGUGUCUCAGUUUGGGGCAAUUUUUAAUAAAACAGUCACAAACAUCCCCAUAUGGUGUUUACAUUUUUCAUGAGUAAAUACCUAGCUGUGUGAUGCUGGGUCAUAUAGUGGGUAUAUGAUUAACUUUGUAAGUACAUUAAUCAAUAAAGUUUGAUUUUCCUUUUCUGCUUUUUUGAGAUAGAGUCUCACUAUACAUAUCAGGCUGCCCUUGAACUCACUAUAUAGCCCAGACUGGCCUCAAAACUCAUGAUGAUCCUCCUGUCUCAGCCUCCCACAUGCUGGGAUUACAGGUGUGCACCUGGGCUACUUUCUUCUUUUAUAUUACAUACUCUCACCUUCAUCUUACUUAUCCAAAUUGGAUUCUAUCAUUUAUCAUUUCAAACAUGUUUGCUCAUACAUCUUCAACUGCUUGUCUCAUUGCUCUCCUGUGAAACUCAUGCUAAAAAACUUUAUAUGUUAGAUCAAUCCAACUGUCCCAGUUCUUUGCAUCUUUUUUGGAGCUACUUUGAGAAAAAUCAUUCAUUGCUCAAAUAGAGAAUGACAUAAAUUGGUAUCUUCUAAUCUCAAAUUGCCUUUAAGUUUGUGGGGAAAUAGUUGUGUUUUUCUGGGCAGCUCUCAUUCUCCCCAGCUGCGAUUUCAAACCUAAUCUACUUUCACCAACAUUCUGCUACCUCAUUUCUGCUGAGGUCUCAGUAGAUGAUCUCUCAGCACAAGUUAAAUAUCUCCCUGAACCUAUACCAUUUCUUGCCUUCUUUUCUUGUAUUACAAGGAACACUAGGGCUUGCCUCUGAUUGUUUAAAGCUAAUUUCUCCACCUGUGCUUCCUCUCAGUCUCUCAGGGUCUUGACUCUACUGAAUGCUCCUUUGCUCAUAUCUUCAUCUUCUUCUCUAGUGGGUAGUUUGCUAUUUCUUUCCAGUACAUACCACUCCCUGUGUGUCUACAUAGCCAAGAAGAAGAGGUUUUUUUGUUUUUCCAGGGGAUGAUCAGUUCUCCUAGGAAGAAAAUCAUGGCCUCCCAUUGGCUGUAAGGUUCCUGGAGUCCCUGGAGUCCCUUGAGUCCCAGAGAAGUGAGGAUUUGUUGUCCUUGAAGUAACUCAGAUCUUUAGAUUAUUCAGGGCCUCCACACUGGAUACACAAGAGCCCUCAAGAUCCCGAGGAGAUAUGUAAAGUCUGCCAGCAGUAGGGGAAGCCAGGGCUUCAAUCAGGAAUGCCCCUUUUUCAUCUGUAAUAUUCCUAGUAGGCAGAACUUGACACUUUACAACAUUUAACAGCAACAGCUUUUUAAAAAUCUACCCUGGACUGUUGGUCAUAUUCCUAGCCUGCCCUACUCCCUCUAGAGAUGGGGGAGAUGUAUUCCCUCCCAAAAGGCUUUGGCUUGGAGCUGGUCAGCUGUCAAUUUACCAACCAAGUGAUCUUUGGCAAACCUGUUCCCUGUGCUGGAUCUUAUUUUCUGUAAAAUAUGAAGUGGGGAGGAGUAGGUAAGAACUUGGCUUUUCAAUUUCUUUAAAGUAGUGUGAUUCCAGAAGGAAGGCAGGGAAAUCAGCCUUCCCUUUACACAAACACAAACAUAAAUACAUACUUCCUCCACACCUCCGUAUAGGACAACAGAUCCUGGGCUAAGGGGUUAUGAAAACAGGAAACUAAGUGACAGGUGAAAGAGGAAUAUUAUUUAGCGAUGACAAUAACUGAUUGAUAAUCACAUGAAGCAACAUUGUUAAAUCUCAUAAACAUAAUGUUGAAUGAAAGAAGCCAUACCCAGAGAGCACAUAGCAUCUGAAUCUAGUCACUAGGCUCUAGAUUGUGGGAUAUGAAAACAAGUAAAGUGAUUCUUCUGUUUCUCUAUCUAGGUGCUAGCUAUAUGAAUGUAUCCAGUCGUAGAUGUUUGGCAGAGUCACUUUCACUGUAUUAGGCCACUCUAAAGACCCACUGUGAAGACCUGAAUUUUUAUUCUGAGUGAAAUGCAAAGUUUUUGCAGGAUUUUUACGCAGAAGAGGUACCUAAUCUGUAUGAUGUUAUAAACAUCUGUCUAGCCUAUGAAUGGACAAGAGAAGAAAGGUGAAACCAAGAAGCUAUUUCAACAGUCCAGAGUUGCUCAAGACUGUAAACUGGAUCCCUGGAAACCUUGAUAUUUGCCUGUGUAUCGUGCCUUUUGGUGGAGUGUACUGAUACUCAAAAUAAUCUACAGGGGACCACAUUCCAGCUUGUGAUAAGCAGGGCAAGCUGUAGUGCCCCUGAACACGAUGACAGCCAUUUCCCCAGCCUAUCCAAUUCUGGCCACAAGCAAGCAAAACAAGGUCCCAGGAGUGAAUACUUCUGGGAACCAAGAAGCUAUCUUAAGAGGAGACACUGCUGACCCAGAGUCUUUCAGACAAAAGUUCAGGUGUUUUUGUUACUCACAAGAGGCUGGACCCAGGAAAACCCUGAAUCAACUCUGGGAGCUCUGCAUUCAGUGGCUGAGACCAGACCUUCACACAAAAGAACAGAUUUUAGAACUAUUAGUGUUCGAGCAAUUCCUGACCAUUUUGCCUGGGGAGAUUGGGAUUUGGGUAAAGUCCCAACACCCUAAGAAUAGUGAGGAGGUGGUGAUGCUGGUAGAGGAUUUAACACAAACACUUGAAGAAAAGGAAGAUCCAGGAGCUCAGGAUUCUGCUGUUUACCAAGAGGAUAACUCAGAAGAAGAUAAACUGGUUCCAAAUACUGAGUCAUGUGAAUCCAUAGUGUUCAAAGAUGUGGCCAUCACCUUUUCUAGAAGAGAGUGGAGGAAGCUGGAGCCUUUUCAGAAAGAGCUGUAUAAGGACGUGCUACAGGAAAACCUAAGGAACCUAGAAUUUUUGGGCUUUCCAGUUUCCAAAUUAGAUUUGAUUUCUCAGCUAAAAUGGGUUGAAUUAUCAAGACUAAUAGAAAAAGAACUCUCAAAAGACUCCAGGCCAGAGUGUGAGCCUAAAGGGGAAUUGGAGGUGUCUGUUCAAAACUGUAAUGUUUUUAUGGAAGAUUUAACUUUAGAGAAAAUAAUAGAAGAAUGCUUCAAGGAUGAUGGUUGUGGCCUGAUAGCAGAAUUCCGGAAACAUUAUGGCAAAUCCAAGGAAGAUCAUGACAAACAGGGACAUUCAAAAGGAUCAGUAAUACAAAAGAAAACUCACAGGAUAGACAAUAAGGGUGAAGUAUUAGACCCAGAAAAGAGCCCCAAUGGACAGAAACUCAAAUGGACUUCUGACAAAGCUAAACAUCUGAAAGCCUACUUGAAGAAGUGUAGAAAGUUUAAUGAAUGCAAGAAACCCUUCAGUUUUCAUUCAGAUCUUGUUCUGAACCGUAGAGAGAAUACUGCUGAAAAGUCAGAGAAACACAGUGAAGCUGGAAAGGACCUAAAUUCAUCUUCAUCUCUUCCUGAACAUCAGAAAUGUAAGAAAAUUCAUCUGGGGGCUAAAUUCCAGUGCAGUAAGUGUGGGGUAGCAUUUACACAAAUUUCAUCCCAUUCUAAGAUAAAAAACUCUACCUGUGUAAAAUGUCAGAAGAAAUUAAAAGAUGCAACCUCAAAUAAAGAUGAGGGAACUAAAACUGGAGAAACUACUCAUAAAUGUAGUAAAUGUGGAAAAAUCUUUUGCUUUAGUGCCCCCCCCAGCAAAUAUCAUAGAAUUCACACUGUAGAGAAAAACUCUACGUGUCUUGAAUAUAGAAAAACUCAUAGUGGUAGUUCAUUGCUCAAGGCACAUUACAAAAAUCAAAAUGUAGAAAAGCCCCACAAAUGUGAUGAUUGUGGAAAAGGUAUCACCCUAGCUAAUGUCACAAAACAUCAAAGAAUUCAUAGUGGGGAAAAACCCUUUCAGUGUAAAGACUGUGGGAGACCCUUCAGUGACAGUUCAUCUCUUUAUCAACAUCAGCGAAUUCAUACUGGAGAAAAACCUUAUAAAUGUAAGGAUUGUGGGAAAUCCUUCAGUCAUAGCUCUUCCCUGUCCAAACAUCAGAGAAUUCAUACGGGGGAGAAACCAUAUACAUGUGAUGAAUGUGGAAAAUCCUUUAGACAAGCUUCUUGCCUUAAGCGACAUGAGAGAAUUCACACUGGAGAAAGGCCAUAUUUGUGUAAUGACUGUGGUGCGACUUUUAGCCAUUUUUCAACUCUCCAUUAUCAUCAAAGACUUCAUAGAGGAGAAAAACCCUACAAAUGUGACCAAUGUGAGAAAGCUUUCUCUGCCCAUUCCCUUCUUAGUCGUCAUAUGAGAAGCCAUACUGGUGUGAAACCUUACAAAUGUAAAGACUGUGGGAAAACCUUUAGUCAGAGUUCAUCUCUUAAUGAACAUUACAGAACUCAUACUGGAGAGAAACUCGAUGAAUGUGACUUUUGUGGAGCAAGCUUUACUUGAAGCACAAUCCUUGUAGAACAUGUAAAAAUUCAUACGAGAACAAGUGACCAUGAAUGCAAUGAAUGUGACAAAAAAUUUAAAAGUAUUUCAAGCCUUAUCAGACAUCGGGCAUCACACACCAAAAUGUAGUUCUGCAAAUAAAGUAAGAUGGGGCAGGGGGUUGGAAAUUUAGUUCAAAAUACUGGAAAUCCUGGGAUAUGAACUACCACAACAUUGAUUAAUAGCUGCAACUUCAGUGGGUUAGCAGCUAGAGAAAUUCUUCUCCAUUCAUCCCUCUUCAUUUCAAGGAUGUCACUUGCCGAUGAAUGGUAAUAGAGUAGAUAAAGCCAUGUGGAAAGUGAAGAAAGUAUGAGAUGUGAAAUGGUUCUAAAAGGCCAGUCUUAAAUUUGAAAAGUGUUUUUCUUCAGAGGAUUUCUCUCUCCUGCUAUUCUCCCACUCUAGUGUAUCAAGAUGGAAAGAACUUGACUGGACUCACAUUACUAUCUCAGAUUGCCAGCUUUAUACUAUAUAACCUUGUAGAAAUCAUUUGACCUUUCUGUAUUGUAGGUUCUGUACCAGUAGAGUGAAUGGAUGGGACUAAUGCUUUCUAAGGUGUUUUUUGUUUUGUUAUUUUUAUCUCUGAUAAUUGUGAUGCUGUAGAAAUGUUAAACAUUUUUGAUUUUUGGAAUUUUAUUGUUUCUCUGAUAGAAAACUGUUCUCUUGCAGUAUACUGGACUUCUAGUUUAGUGAGAAUGCUGAAUACUUUUUAAACACUUGGUGCAGGCAUCCCUAGAAUAUGAUAGGAACAAGCCAGAGAAGCUCAAACAAGUUUGUUUGCAGGGAAAUUCUAAUAAAUAGAACACCCCGAAUUUUAACUUUUGGUUACUGGCUAAAGGGAUUAAGAAUCCAAAAAUCUUGAACUUGAGUUAACUCAAGCCAUAAGAAUCACAGUCCCCCCAAAAAUAAAUUGGAUGUAGAGGAAAGAAACGUGCCAAAAACACCUUUCCCGAGUAGGUUUUCGUUUGCAACAUAGAAUUAUAAGUUUUACAAUUUGUGCCUGUAGCAAGUACAGCUUCCUGCAAUUGCAAGUGUAAGCAUUCAGUAUCAUAGAGGUCAUAUCUCUUAGACCGAGUCAUAUUUUGGGUUGUCUUCAUGGUGGGAUAUUUAUAUGUAAAUGUAUAUAUGUAUUUAUGUGUGUAUGUUUAGUUGCCAGUAUUUCAAAAUAGGGAAUUUCAUGUUGAGGUUUCUCCUUAAAAACCAAAUUUUGGGCUGGGGAUUUAGCUCAGUGUGCCUGCACCUGCCUUGCAAGCUCAAGAUUCUGAGUUUGAUCCCCAGUACCAAAAAAAAAAAAAAAAGAACAAUAAAAACAAAAUGUUAAGGGCUGCCCUAACUGGGCUCAUGUAUCCACGGAGCACUCAGCUGGAUCUGGGUAGCAGCUGUCUCCUUUAAAUGGGAAAUCUACUUCAUUACUUCUCAGCUUUUCUCCUGCGUAUAACCCAACUUUCCCAUUUUAGGAAUUUGGUAUUUUAAUCCUCUACAUUCUGGAGGAUAUAUACGCUAAAAUUAAGAGAGACCCCAUUUGAUAGCUAGUCAAGUUCAAGGAACGAAUGUAGAAUUGAUGAAAAUGUUUUCAGUUUUACUUUUUGUGUGUGUGUGGAAGUAGUUCUACAAAGUAUGGAAUAUACAGGUAUUGAAUAUUCAAAAUUACCUUGGUGAAGUCUGAAUAAUUUCUAACUGAAAAAGGAAUGAAAGACCCUGAGUGAGAUUUGGGUCUCAGGUCAUGGAGCUCGACAGGAGCCCUUCUGACUCAACAGUGUUCAGAAAUAAGUUAAUAAAGCUGAAAUUUGAGGCAGCUCCUUUAAAUACAGAACUAAACUAUAGUACAUUGGGCUUAUGGCAGUGAAGAGAUCUUAAUGCUGAUCAGAGUCUCAGGAAUAUUUGCUGUAAUUUAAUGUGCUUAGGUCUGAAAUGCUACCUCUGGAUGUAAGGUUUUUGGUUUCUUCUUUGUGCGUCUCUCAACCCCAAAUCCCUGCAGUUCAAAUACUGUGUGACAGAUUGAUCUGUGUAGUUAUUCCUGAAUGGACCUACCAAAUGCACUCUAGCCAUGAAAGGGAUAUGGGAUAUAAGAAUCAUAUGCUAGUGUAAACUAGUGGGGUUUUUCUGAAAAGAUACAAUUUAUAGAAAGAAUUAAAGAAAACUCUUCAGAGGAGACUUGUUCCAGAUUGUUUCCUGGGGUUAGAUUUCCCAACUUUCAUAAGUGGAUGUUUUAUCUCAAUAUCAGUUGGGGGUCUGGAGUAUAAACUUUUCUUAAAUUUUAUUGAGGUAUAAAUUUAUAUGAUAAAAAUAUUUCAGCUGUAUAGAUCAGUGAGUUUUAAUAAGUUUACUGAGUUUGUACAAUCUUCACCACAAUCCUUGUUUUUUCUUCUUGGUACCAGGGAUUGAACUCAGGAUAUUAUCCAAGUUAUAGUAUAUCGUAAUACUCUUAUUGUUCAAAUAUUUUCAGCAUGACUUGUACAUUUCAAUAAAGCAAUGAAGGAAAAGUUACUUUUGCUUUAAAAUUCUGAUAUGCCCGAUAUUUUGGCUUACAUGGGUAAAAUUCCAUCUUCGUGAUAGAAAUUGAUCUUUAUAUCUAGCUGAAAUUCUCUGAAAGAUGGAAAAUUGUCAAAAAGUGUCUGUCACCAGUUUGAGUUUAGGGAGUUGACAUUUUGUUUUUUCUUUGAGAUGGAACAUAUCCAAAGUUUUUCUUGGGCAGUGUCUUAUAUCACAUGAUUUACCUAAAACUAAAGAAAAUACUUGAAAAAUUUCAAAUUUUGAAUCAACUGAUCUUUGAUAUUAUUAGAAAUAUAUGUCCUAUAGGAAAAAUAUGAUUUCUUCAUGUAUAUUGUGUGAGCAAAAUUGUUUAAUGGUAUUUAAAUAUUUGUUUCAGUGAGCUUUCAGAUGUCAUUUUCUCACAAUUUUCUAAAUUAUGAAAUCUAACAUGAUUAUUUUUAAUCAAUCUGAGGUUGUGUGUGUGCAUUUGUGUGUGUGUGGGUGUGUGUGCACAUAUUUAUGUAUGUGUAACAACCAAGCUGUUUUAUAGCUGGCUAAGUUUACAUACUCAGGUCCUGUUAAAAUUUGUUUAAAAAGUUUUGUUAGAAAUUCUAUAUGACUAAUUUGGUGGAUUCUGUUUUUGACUAAGUUGUUGAAAAGUUCUGUAAAUCUUAAAUAUUAUCUCAAUUAUUGUCUUUCACACUGGAAUUAAACAGUGGUUUUGUUUGCUGCUGUAAAUUGCAAUUAUCAUUUAUCAUUGAACAUCCACUAUACUCUUCUAUUCCCUUUUUUCUUGACUGGUUAUAGUAUGAGCUUCUGUGUCUUCACUGAAUUCUGUUUCAGUAUUAUGCAUUUGUUUAUAUUUUUAAUAUUUUCUUAAAUUUUAACUAGAAAACUAAGACAAUAGAUAUCAAUUUAUGAUUAUGAUUUAUGUAACAGUGUGACUUUGCUGUCUGCUUAGGUAUACUCUUGUGCUAUUUGCAUAAUAUAGCCAAGUAGACCUAUCGUGAUAUUUCAUCCAUGCAUAAAAAGUCACCUGAAUCAGUCUUUGAAACUGACUAGAGAUUGGUAGUGUGUUUACAUGUGACACUAAAAAUAAUGCACGUUCCUAUAUAAGUUAUAGUACAACAGUGUCCUCUGCAAUACAAUAGUUAAAGUGAAUUGUAGUUUUGUUAAAACAAUAAAGUAGUGUUUAAUGAAAAAA